CGACGAAUGGUCCGUGGCAUCGCCCGAGAUCCGUGGGCUCACGCGCUGCUUCUUCCUUGCAGAUUCCGACAUUAUGGCCGUGGAGAUGUAACUCGUCUCAUGCACCAACUCCAACGUUGUUGUCGCAAACGCGUCGCGUCCUCACUAGCGCCGUCCCUCCCGUCUUAUCGAUACGCCACACCCGCGCCACUCCUCCAAAAAAGUUUCGCCUGCAUCACCAACACAUCCUUCCACUUUACAACACUCCGCCGCAAUGUCCGACUCUGAAGCCGAAGCCGGCGUUCCCCUCAUCGAGGCUGAAUUUGACUCCCUCUCGACCUCCAAAAAGCGCAAGCGUGAAGCCGAAUCCGGCGCAACCCCAGAGGACAAGAAAGCCGCCAAAAAGGCCAAGCGCAAGCAGAAGAAGAAGCUCAAAGUCAAGGAAAUCGACGAGGAUGAUUUGGACCAGGCGCUGGGCGUGAACAGGGCGUUUGAAAAGAUGGACAGCCAAUUGCUGGCGGAUUAUGUGAAUGCGAGAACGAGGUUGUAUGGGAAGGAGCUUAGCAGCGUGGAGCUGGAGGAUAGAUUUGUGCCGACACGUACGCUCAGGGAUACGACCAGCUACACCGAGCCACGGACGCUGGAGAACCUCUCUGCGUUUCUGAAGCAGCAGUGCAAGCACAUCCAAGCCACGCCCAAGGAGUCUAGAGGCGCACCGCACACGCUCGUCAUAUCUGCUUCGGGCCAACGCGCUGCGGAUGUGUUCAAGUCGCUCAGAACUGGGCUGCCGAAACAGGGCAUUAGGAACCCGAAUGUCGCGAAACUGUUCGCCAAGCACAUGAAGAUUGCCGAGCAGGUGGAGAAUCUCAAGCAGUACAAGGUCGACUUUGGCGUGGGAACACCCGACCGACUGUCCGCGCUACUGGACCAGAACGCCCUAUCAACAACAAAUCUCAAACGAGUUGUGGUUGAUGUGUCGUACAUUGACCAGAAGAAACGCGGCAUCCUCGAUAUGAAGGAGCUUCACGAGCCUCUGAUCCGGCUGCUGCUCCGCAAAGAAUUCGUCGGUGAGGGUGAUAAAGGUGCCGCUCUGUUCAUGUUUUAUUAGUCGGCGAGGGACUUCUCGAGGUGGUAUGAAAACCCAUAAUGAUACCCGAUGGCGCGGAAAGUGUCACUCAAAAUUUUCAACGGGAGCUAGGAUAGGUAACUUGAUGAUAUUGCUUCAUCCAUCCGGCAGGUGGAG